AUGGCAUUCUCCGCCAUGGCCGCUCUCGUCGUCGCCAUUGAUGACAUUUUUCGGCUGGCAAUCGUCAUCGCCACCGCACUUUCUUUCUAUCCUCAACUACGCAAGAUCGUCUCCCGCGGCGAUGCUGACGGUAUUUCACUCACCUACCUACUACUGAGCGCGGUCUCCGCGAUGGAGCAGUUUACGCUCUAUGCUAGUCGCUUCAUCUACCACGAGGACUUUCCUGACAGCGAGGUAUCAACUCCGCGAACCGUUGGGGACUGGCUCAAUCUUAUCCAAGUUAGUGUCCUGCUGCUGAGUACCACCAUCUUAGUCGCCUUCGCCACUUGGUAUCCACCAAACCGCCAGUCCGAAAAGGUCCUCGUCACACUCGGCUACUUGGCCUUUGCCUACGGGUCUUUCCUCCCCGUGCUACCCCACUUCUCCAAGUCGUACAGAGAACACAGUCAGUGGGGCCUUGACAUGUUCUUUGCGACGCACUCAUAUGCGGUGAACUGGCUCGUUACUAUGGGCGUGUUCCCCUUCUCGCUCUUCUGCCAGUGGCUCCUCAUGCUGGACCAGCCGGUUCCGCAGAGCCUAAGUGUCGACGGCCUCGCCGCGCAGGCCGUGGUAUUCAUCCUGACGGGAAUUUCCUGGACGUGGCGUAUGACGACUGAUAAGCCGACGUGGGUGGAGUGGUAUGAAUACGUCGGGUAUGCGGCGGUCGAUAACCUACUUUUCGGCAUCGUCCAGGCAGUCCUCUAUCUGUUUGUUCUGGAAGCAAUCGGACUUGCGGAAUCCCCUGCUGAUGCGGGUGAGACGAGCCCUCUGCUCCCAAACUAG